CAAGAACUACGACCCACAACAUGCAAUAAAGCUUUGGUGGGAAGGCGCAACCCGACAUACUAACUAUAAAGAGGGUAGAACGAUGAGAUCAAAGAAAAGCACAAAAGUGAACAACAGAGUACAACAGAAAGACGAAGAAGUAGAAACUGUAGAAGUAGAAGCUGAAGAUGUAGAAGCAAACAAAUUAGAAGCUGAACAAAUGCAUGCAGUGGAAAAUGUAGCUGCUGAGAUAGUACCAUCAAAUGACACAGAUGAUGAUGAUGAUGAUGAUGAUGAUGAAGGGUUUGAUGAGCUAUCGCUACGUGAUGAUGAUGAGUAUGAACUGAGUGAAAAACAAGUCAAUGACAAUAUGAAAAAUAUCAUAGCAAUAAUGGAUAAGGAUGAUGAUUUAUAAAUGUUGUAUUUUUAUGACCUUCUUGCAAAACUAUGAUUGAUAAUGAUGACAUAUGAUGACUAUAAAUAUAGUAUUUUUAUGAAUUUCAUGCAAUAGUUAGUUAUAGUCAG